AUGGAGAUUGGCCUGACACUCAUGGCCAAUAUGGGCCCCAGUGUUCCACACAUAAUCAAACUCCUGGACUGGCAGGACGACCCCGACUACUAUGUCAUGGUCUUGGAGCGGCCCAUGCUAAGCAUGAGCCUGUUUAGUUUCGUGAAGCUCCGACAAAGGCUUGAAGAGGGGAUAGCACGACAUUUAAUGUGGCAGGUCAUUCAUGCCGCUAACAUUUGCUGCGAGCGUGGCGUCUUCCAUAGAGAUAUAAAACUGGAAAACAUCCUGGUGAACCCGGACACGUUGGAGGUUAAGUUGAUCGACUUCGGCUGCGGCAUGCUCAUGAAGGACUCUACCUACGUGACCUUCAGUGGUACAGAAAUGUACUGUCCACCGGAGUUCUAUGUCGACGGUGGGUACUAUGCAAAGCCAGCGACAGUUUGGUCAUUAGGGAUCCUGCUGUUCGUGAUGGUGUGCGGGUAUUAUCCGGACGACAAAGACCUGCAAAUGAUCAGCAAGAAUGAAUGGUCCAAAUCCGACUUGUCACAAAAAUGCUGCCAGAUGAUUUGCGAUUGUCUGCAGCCGGACCCCCAGCAGAGACUUGUUCUGGAGGAGAUGCAGCUCCAUGACUGGUUUCCGGUACUGAGAUUAGAAUCUCUAAUGUUUGCUAGUUUAUUUUUCUUUUCAUAUGAGUCAAAUUUGCUUUAAAU